UGUGUACAUAUAUAAAUGGAUCGGAUGAAACAGAUUGAUAGUUUAGAGUCAACAAUGAAAAAUUUUUGCAGCAGCCAGAAAUGCCAUUCCAUCUCAAAUUUAGCAGUUGUGGCUUUUUUCUUGAUAUCUUUCUUUGGAUUUUUACUCUCUAAUAUGGAAAAUUCUAAGUUGAUUGCAUUCAAAUUUUCAAAACCUAGAUUCCAAGAAAGCAUUGAAGGGAAAGAAGAAAAGGAGCUGCCAUUUCUUGAAAAAGAAGAGGCAGUGCCAUUAGAAUCCUGUGAUAUCUUCAUAGGAGAAUGGGUUUUGGAUAACAAAACACAUCCUCUGUACAAAGAAGAUGAGUGUGAGUUUCUUUCAGAAUGGGUCACCUGUAUAAGAAAUGGAAGAAAGGAUUCUUUAUAUCAGAAUUGGAGAUGGCAACCCAGAGAUUGUUCUUUGCCCAGGUUUGAGGUAAAACUGUUGCUGGAGAAACUAAGGGGAAGGAGACUUAUGUUUGUGGGAGACUCUAUACAUUUUAAUCAGUGGCAAUCUUUGGUUUGUUUGGUUCAAUCUUCAAUUCCACCAGAGAAGAAGAGAAUGGAUUACUCAACUUAUAGCUUUGUCUUCAAAAUUGAGGAGUAUAAUGCCACCAUAGAAUCCUACUGGGCACCAUUUCUAGUGGAAUCAAAUGUAGACCCUCCAACAAUGAGGGAUGGAAAAUCAGAUGCUGUAAUAAUGCCUGAAUCCAUUUCAAAGCAUGGAGAUAACUGGAAAAAUGUGGACUUCCUAAUCUUUAACACAUAUACCUGGUGGCUAAAAUAUCCCACCAUCAAAGUAUUACGAGGAUCGUUCGAUGAAGGAGACACAGACUACGAUGAAAUCGAACGGCAUAUAGCAUAUGAGAGAGUUAUGAGAACAUGGGCAAAGUGGGUAGAGGAAAACGUUGAUCCUAAACGUACUUCUCUUUUCUUUAGCAGCAUGUUUCCUCAGCAUCUAAGGAGUUCAGACUGGAACAACCCAGAUGGGAUUAAUUGUGCAAAGGAGACUAUGCCAAUUAUAAACAUGUCGACUUCACUUGGUGUGAGCACAGACAGGAAAGUUUUUGCAGUUGCUGCAAAUGUGACAAAAUCAAUGAAAAUUCCAGUUCACUUCCUCAAUAUAACAAAUCUCUCCGAGUAUAGAAAAGACGCACAUACCUCCAUGUACACUUCUCGCGAAGGUAAAUUACUUACGCCGGAGCAGAAACUGAAUACUGCAAUGUAUGCAGAUUGCCUUCAUUGGUGUCUCCCUGGAGUGCCUGAUACUUGGAAUGAAUUGCUUUAUGCACGUAUUAUAGCAGAGUCUUGACCAUUUUUUCGCCUUUAAUUUGUCGACUAUGGAAAUUCAACUUUACAAUCAGAAGACGACUCUCAAUAGCAUCCGUUCUUUCCCUCUAAUAUAUAGAUUAUUCUGUGGUACCUUGCACUUUUCACAUGAACGAUGGGUGGUGUCAUAUGUCUUAAUGUGAAAAGGUAGUAGGAAAUUUUUUUUAA